CAGCACGUCCGAACCCGAGUCGCGCAGUGCGUCCGGCGCUUGUUGCUGGAGUCGACGAGGUAGUCUCCCCAGGCAGACGUAGACAAUUAUUUCAACCUUCGUGCCUCAGGAUAUCCUUGUCUGAGGCGUGGGGACCGUCGCCGGGUGCAGAUGCGCGUGUGUGGCGGGGGCGGUGUGACCGCCGACGAGGACGGCAUCAGUCACAUCUUGGUCACAUCCUCGUCCGCUCCCCGACAGAGCUCACUGGCCCGCCACCUGCACGCCGAACCACCUACCGCGUCUCAUGCAUACCCACCCUCUGGCAGGUCGUGCACCACCGUUCCCCUGAAGGUCAUACGCGUCACCGUCCCGUGUUCCUGCAGUCCGCCCACGUACACACAGAGACCUCCUCGGCGCGACUCGAGAAAAGCUCCAUGUUUGAAAUACCGUUGUUGCAUUCUGGACCCUAUUUUCCGGUUCUGGCCGCUGUCGUGCUCCACGCCCGCCUAUCCUCUCCUCUCCACCUCCAGUCUGCUCAUACGGCUUGUAGGGCAACGAGAGUCGUUCCGGCUCCUACGUAUACUGCGAGCCAGCCUACCAUACAUGUAUCCCAAGAUUGCAAUCACAUCUACCGUCACAACACCAGGAGGCACGAGCCUUCGGAACAUCCGCGUCCUCCGGUGCUCUCGCAGGAAGAGCAUCAUACGGUCGUCAGAUUCCGUUCUGCAUCUUCGGAGCCUCGACUAUCUGCACGUCGCGCGCAGAGCGGGACACCGUCUCCUGUACGUCACGAUACCAUCUGUGGGCGAGCGUCGUCAAACCGCCAACACGAACACAAAGCGUGGAUCUUAUACCCUACUCCGUACCCCGCAUAUACCGAACUUGUAUGCCACCCAGAGGUCUCGCGAGGUUGUCUCCGCCCAACGAGUCUCAACACGAACGUCACGCCUGGCGAGAAUCUCUUGCGGCUCAUGCUUCCCGUUUGCCCUCUCGUACCCGACCCACAGCCAGGCUUCCGACCGAUACACGAGCCCCAUGGAGGGAACGCGUGUUCCGUCGACCGGCCACGUUCGUCGAUCGCUGGGGAUCCGUCACUCGCGAAGGACGUCUACGCCGUGGGCUGCCAUUCCGCGGCUCUUGUCGCACGGCAUAGAACUCCACCCUCGCCAUCGGAUGUGUAUCUAGAACCGCGGACUCGUGUCCGUACUGCCUUUCUGCCGUGUGCGCACCGACCAUGUUAUGUUCUUUGUCGUACUAGUUGCGGCGAUGCUCCGUGAAUGUAAAA